AUGAAACACAACUCUCACAAUGUCCCAUCUCUUCAUGGAGUCGAGCUGACCGUUCUCAUAGACAAGAUGUUGGAGUAUGCUCUAAGUCUCACUGAAUCCUCUGUGGUCUGCAGACAGCUGGGCUGUGACUCUGUGCUGAACUUCUACAGCUCCUCUUCAUCCAGUUCUGAACACAGUCAUGAGUGUGCGAUGGGCUUCCAGUGCUCCGGGAGUGAAGUUCAUCUGGGGAACUGCAGCUCUCCACAAACUCUCAACUGCAGCUCCACACAACAGCUGUCAAUCACCUGCCUUAGUCAUGGGUCCAUCAGGCUGGUGGGUUCUGGAGGAGACUGUGCAGGGAGGAUGGAAGUUUUUCACAACGGCUCAUGGGGGACAGUGUGUGAUGACUCCUGGGAUAUUAAAGAUGCCCAUGUGGUGUGCAGACAGCUGCAGUGUGGAGUGGCCCUCAGUAACCAGCAGGUACCAGCCUGGUUUGGUCCUGGUUCUGGACACAUAUGGCUGGAUGAGGUGAACUGUGAGGGGAAUGAGACUUCCCUGUCGAACUGCUCUUCUCACGUCAGGGGAAAACAUGACUGUCAACACAAGGAGGAUGUAGGAGUCAUGUGCUCAGGUGUUUGGCUUUGAUGUGUAUAAACUGGAGUGUUUCCUGUAUCCUGGCUCAGAAGACCCCUGUACUUCUGUUUCAUCAGUAGUGAG